AUGCGGGGCCGGGCGGGCUGCUGGGCCGCGGCGCUGGCGGCGCUGGCGCUGCGCGUGGGCGCCCUGGUGCCGCUCGCCGAGUUCUACCCGUUCGGGCCGGAGCAGGGCGACGCCGCCACGCGCAAGCAGGACGACGGCGGCUCCGAGCUGCAGCCCAUCUCCGUGCGCUUCCCCUUCUUCGGCGCCGCGCACAGCGGGCUCUACGUCAACAACAACGGCAUCAUCUCUUUCCUGAAGGAGGUUUCCCAGUUCACGCCGGUGGCGUUCCCGAUUUCCAAGGACCGGCGCGUGGUAGCGGCCUUCUGGGCGGAUGUGGAUAACCGGCGGGCAGGCGACGUGUAUUACCGGGAGAGCAAGGACCRGGCCAUCCUGGAGCGAGCGACGCGCGACAUUGUGCAGUAUUUCCCUGAGUUCCCCCACUUCUCUGCGCAGUGGGUUUUCAUUGCUACCUGGUACCGAGUGACCUUCUUCGGGGGAAGUUCCUUCUCUCCAGUGAACACUUUCCAGAUAGUGCUUAUCACGGACGGCAAGCUCUCCUUCACCAUCUUCAACUAUGAGUCCAUCACGUGGACCACGGGUAUGCACGCCAGCAGUGGGGGGGACUUUGCUGGGCUUGGCGGCAUCGCAGCGCAGGCAGGUUUUAACGCCGGUGAUGGAAAGCGCUACUUCAACAUCCCCGGAUCCCGCACUGACGACAUCGCUGACGUGGAGAUGACGACAAAUGUGGGUAUCCCCGGGCGCUGGGUGUUCAGAAUCGAUGAUGCCCAGGUGCAAGUGGGGGGCUGCAGCAAUACAACCUCUGUGUGCCUCACGCUGCGGCCCUGCCUCAACGGGGGGAAGUGUAUUGAGGACUGCAUCACAGGGAACCCCUCCUACACCUGCUCAUGCCUGGCAGGCUUUACGGGAAAGAGGUGUCACAUAGAUGUGGACGAAUGUCUCUCCCACCCAUGUCAAAAUGGAGCCACCUGCAUCAACAACGUCAACAGCUUCAGCUGUUCCUGCACUCCAGGCUUCAAAGGCGCCAGCUGCGAGAUUGAAGAGUCGCCGUGUGAAAUCAAAGUGUGUCAAAAUGGGGGGAAAUGCCAGGUGGUCAACGGGACCGCGCUGUGCUCGUGUCAGCCAGGAUACACGGGGCAAGACUGCGAGACAGAGCUGAACGAGUGCGAGUCCGGCCCGUGCCUGAACGGAGGGCACUGCGUCGACCUGGUCGAUAACUACACGUGUGUCUGCCUGGAGCCCUUCGUGGGACAGCGCUGCGAAAUAGAUCCUUCCUCCUGUGAGGACCGGAGCUGCAGGAACCGGCAGACAUGCAACUACAUCCGUCCCGGGCGCUACAUCUGCACGUGCUCCCCGGGCUAUUACGGCAACAACUGCCAAUACGGUGGGCCCCGGGUGCCUGGCGCCUGCCUCUCRAACCCGUGCCAGAAUGAGGGCAGCUGCCUGGAGACGGAGCAGGGCUACGUCUGCGAAUGUCGCGAGGGCUACACCGGGCAGGACUGUCGGGACAAGCUGUCUGAGGGCUGUGAGUGCCGCAACGGAGGCAGCUGCCUGGAGGGGAAUGUCACCAUCUGCCAGUGCCUGCCAGGUUAUUUUGGUCUUCUUUGCGAGUUUGAAGUGACCACCACGCCGUGCAACGUGAACACGCAGUGUCCCGACGGCGGCUACUGCAUGGAGUACGGCGGGAGCUACCUGUGUGUGUGCCACACUGACUAUGGCACCAACCACACGAUACCGUCUCCCUGCGACUCGGAUCCCUGCCUGAAUGGGGGGUCCUGUGAGGUUCAUGAUGACUCCUACACCUGCGAGUGCCCUCGAGGCUUCCUGGGCAAGCACUGUGAGAAAGCCCGGCCGCGGCUCUGCAGCGUGGCGCCGUGCCGCAACGGGGGCACCUGCAAGGAGGCUGAUGGCGAGUACCACUGCGCCUGCCCCUACCGCUUCACGGGCAGGCACUGCGAGAUAGGUAAACCGGACCCGUGCGCCUCAGGGCCCUGCCAGAACGGGGGCACCUGCUUCCACUACAUCGGCAAGUACAAGUGCGACUGCCCCCCUGGCUAUUCCGGCCGGCACUGCGAGAUGGUGCCUUCUCCGUGCUUCCUGAGCCCCUGUGAGAACGGCGCCACAUGCAAGGAGCUUGGCGGGGACUACGCAUGUGCGUGCCCUGUGGGCUAUGUGGGGAAGCGCUGCCAGUCCGAGGUCGACUGCGGGGUCCCCAACGAGGUGAAGCAUGCACAGGCCUCCUACAACUCCACCAAGGUGGGCUCGCUGGCCGAGUACCGCUGUGAGCUGGGCUACACCCUCAGCCAGCACAACAACCCGCGCGUCUGCCGCUCGCUGGGUGUCUGGAGCGACCCGCCGGAGUGCGAUGAGAUUGAUGAGUGCAGGUCACAGCCCUGCCUCAACGGCGGCCUGUGCAAGGACCGUGUCGCUGAGUUCCUGUGCGUGUGCGAGCCAGGAUACACAGGCCACCACUGUGAGUUGGAGAUCAAUGAGUGCCAGUCGGAGCCUUGCAAGAACAGCGGGACCUGCAAGGACCUUGUGGGGUCCUUCGUGUGCACCUGUCCCGAGGGCUUUGUGGGGACCCAGUGCGAAACAGAGGUGGAUGCCUGCGAGUCGAGCCCUUGCCAAAAUGGAGGGGACUGCAAAAGCUUUGGAGGCUCCUACCUGUGUGUGUGCCCGGAGGGCUUCUUCGGCUACCACUGCGAGAUUGCCAGCGACCCCUGCUUCUCCAGCCCCUGCGGGAGCAGAGGCUACUGCCUGGCAAGCAACGGGAGCCACAGCUGCACCUGCAAAGUGAGCUACACAGGCAAGAACUGCGAAAAAGAAUUGCUGCCACCAACCUCAUUAAAGGUGGAAAGGGUGGAGGACACUGGUGUGUUGAUUUCUUGGCACCCGCCUGAGGACGCAGUCGCAAGGCAACUGAUUGACGGCUACGCCGUGACGUACGUAUCCUUCGACGGCUCUUACCGCAGGACAGAUUUUGUGGACCGAAGUCGUUCUGCCCACCAAUUGCGGGCACUCGCCUCUGGCAGAGCCUACAAUAUUUCUGUCUUUUCAGUCAAACGCAACGUGAACAACAAGAAUGAUAUCAGCAGGCCGGUCAUGCUCACCACGCGCACUAGGCCGCGUCCGGUGGAAGGCUUUGAAAUCACGAACGUGACGGCCAGCGCCAUCACGGUGCAGUGGGCUCUCCACCGGCUCAAGCACUCCACCGUUAGUAGGGUGCGCGUCUCCAUCCGCCAGCCUGGCGAGCUGGAAGACCGCACGGUGGAGCUGAACAGCAGCGUGGCCAAGUACACCUUCCUGGACCUGCAGCCAGGAGAGAGGUACAUUGUCCAUGUCACGACGCUGAGUGGCUUGGGCACUGAAGACCACCCCUCGGAGAGCCUGGCCUCGGCGCCCUUCCACGUGUGGACAAGGCCGCUUCCACCCCGCAACCUCACGACGUCCCGCGUUGGCGCUACCUCCGUGUCGGUGGUGUGGGAGCCGCCGCCCGCCGGCACCGUCGAGGGCUACAUCAUCAACGUCACCGCCGCGCAGAGCGUCAAGAGCCGCUACGUGCCCAAUGGGAAGCUGGCAGCCUACACCGUGCGCGACCUGCUCCCCGCGCAGCGCUACCGCCUCUCCGUGACAGCCGUGCAGAACACGGAGCAAGGGCAGGUGCACAGCGAGCCCAUCCACCUCUACGUCAGCACCCUGCCACGGGAUGGCCCCGCAGAGAGACGCUGGAGCCAGGGUGGCCACGCGCGGGUGCUGCGCGCCCGGCUGCCGCCCGCCUUCCUGCCCGAGCUGCGCCUGCUCGCGGAUCACGACGCGUCGCUGGAGCCCUCGCCGGUGCCCAGGUUCACCGAGCUGGUGGAUGGCAGAGGGAGGAUCAGCGCCAGGUUCAGCCCUUCGCCGGACAAACCUGUCACAGCACAGACACCCAAGUCCUCAGUGAUACAGCCCAAUGCUCCGAUGAGGCUGGAAAAGGUGGAGGAGCCCUGGCAGGGCAGCCAGGCCCUGCAGCUGCCCGAGGCCAGGAGCGGUGGCGCCGGGCGCGAGUGCUCCGCCAAGCCCUGCCGGAACGGCGGCACGUGCGUGCGCGGCGGCCGCUCCUACCGCUGCCGCUGCGCGCCRGGCUUCAAGGGCCGCCACUGCGAGCUGGCCUGCAAGAAGGUGCCCCUCUCGUGCACGCGGCUGUACUCGGAAACCAAGUCAUUCCCUGUGUGGGAAGGAGGCAUCUGCCGCUACCUGUACAGGCGCGUCUACAAGGUACACCAGGACCUCUGCUACCGGGAGAGCUGCGAGGGCAGCGCUGCCGCACACGCCACGCACAGGUAUGGCUGUGUCGCCAGCGCGCCGUGCGCUGGGGCGCUCACGCCACUCAUGCCACUGCCCUCCUCCUCUUGCAGGAAGCAGAGCGUCAGUCCCGCACUGAAGAGGCCCUAGAGCCUCGGAGCAGCAGGAGCUUCGUCCUUCACCGCCGGAGGCUCUGAGAUGCCCCAGCUGCUGCGCUUCGCUCCCGGCAGCAGCCAUGCCACCUUCCUUCCCGCUCCUCCCGUUGCCUCCGCUCCGUCACCGCUGCCUCGUCCCGCUGUCUCUGUCCUCAGUGUCAUGUGGCACCGCACCACACCGGCCCCAUCUCCCUGUCCCCAACCCCGCAUUUAAGUUAGCUCUGCUCCCCCUAGCUAAAGGGGCACCACAAAGCCUCAAGUCCCGGCCCAUAGUGAUCCCCGCUGCCCUCCCCGAAACGCUUCCCGCAGCCUUUGCCUUCCCCAUGUCCCCAAGGGCGGCCACCCCAAGGCCCCUGCUCCGCUGGCAGCAGCAGAGACCCCCGCAGCCCUUCGUGUGUCCCUGUUCCCACCGCCAGCAGAAGGCGAGGAGGGAAAAAAGGUUAAAAAAAAGUAAAAAGCAAAACAAAAAAACACCUCAAAUGCAUUUAGCUUAGAAGCGUAGCUAGCUUUUCACGAGUCUGUAUGGCGCCACUAGUUAAGCCCUAGCUGUGUCUAUUACUGUCCACGCUGUAUAUGCUAAAUUAAUACAGGCCAGAGGUGUCUCACAGCUAUAGGGUAGAGCGGCAGGGUGGGAGCAGGGCCCGGCGCUGCUCGGCAGGGCCUCCUCGUGUGCGGGCC